AAACAUAUUUUGCUGCUGACGGUGUAAGAAAGUGAAAUUCUACCGAGACACGAUAUAGAUAAUUUUUUCGUUUUAUUAUUAUUAUUAUUUUUGGUUGUUUUGUGUUCGCUGUUUACCGUUUGAGAAAUAUAAAUUUGAAAGUUUUUUUUAAACAAAAUCGUAGUAGAAUCAGAAUGAAGGUACAAAUUGCUUUACUAAUCACCUUGGUUGCGUGCGCACUAGCACUACCAGUUCCUGAAGAUGAAGUGUCACCAAUCCAAUCAGCCGUUUCGGAUGUGAGUUUUGAGAAAAAAAUCAACGCAAUUGAAGACAACGCGAAAACAGCUGCAGUUGAAGAAAAAGCAGAGGAAGUUAAACCAGCCGAAGCUGCUGAGCCUGUUCAACCGGAAGCGAAAUCAGCACCAGUAGAGGAGGUCAAGGAAGCAGCGGUUCCUGAAGUUAAAGAAGAGACACCAGCCGAACGAAAAUUAGAUGUUGCCGCACCUGAAGAUGCACAAGUUGUUCCAGCUGUUGAAUCUGUAGCGCCUGUUGAGGCCAAACAGGUCGCUCCAGAGGAAAAAUCAUUGGCAGAGAACAGCCCACAGCCGGAGGUUCGUGCUAACGAAAACAAAGAAAUUCCCGCCGCAGAAGAGAAAGCUGAAAUCGCCGAAGAACCAAAACCGAUCGCCGAAGCAAUCAGUGAAACUAAGGAAAGCCGAGAAGAGAAACCAGCCGAACCCAAAGCCGAGGAAGCCAAACCAGAGGAGAAACAAGAAGCAAAAAAGACCGAAGAAUUGCAAUCGGAAGAACGUCAAAUUCGUGGUGAUGACAAAAAACAAGAAGAAACAGCCGCUGCACCAGCAGCCGCAGAACCUGCUGCGGAAAUCAAAUCUGAACCAAAAACAACCGUAGACGAACCAAAAAAACAGGAAAAUGAGAACGAAUUACUCCGAGAAUUGCCGAUUGCAAGCGAAGUAGCUGAGAAACCAAAAGAAAGAGCCGCUACACCAGCAGCUGAUAGUGCAGAGAGUAAAGAAUCGGCAGAGAAAGUCGAGAAGCCGAAACAAGAAUCCAGCGAAGAAUCAGGCGAAGAAAAGUCCGAAUAAACAUUUCAACCCAAAUAUAAAAUUCAAACAAAACAAAAAAAAAAGAAAAGAAAAAAAACUUAUUUAAUUUAGACACGAGAAUGGACUUAGAGCCACCUAUCACAUUUUAUGCGAUAGAAUUUUUCUAAUUUUUAAUUUAUGCAUUGGAGUUUAAAGUCACGUUUUUAUUUUUAAUUUUUUCAAAUUUUUUAAAAACAAUUUUCGUUUCAAAAUCAUAUUCUGGCACUAGAAAAGUCGAUGUUUUUUUUAAAAAAAAGCUUUUCUUUGUCUAUAAAUGAUGCAACUAAGUUAAAACUCAUUUGAAUGAAAUUAUUGCACGACAUGGAAGGAAUGGCAACUCGUCUAAAUGUCCAUUUUAUAAUAAUCAAAGCCACAAAAUUCAAUUCUUACAGUUGCUGCUGCUGUCUUGAUUUUUUAUUUUUGUUUAUCGCAAAAAAAAAACUUUUACAAAACUUUAGAUCAACGACUUAUAUGUACACACUAUAACGUAUUACAUAUACAAGACCGGAACAUGCAAAUUAUUCUAUUUGUGCACCGGUUAACAAUUUAAUAUAUUUCUUCAUUUCAGCUCAGAUUUUGUUGCUUCAAUUUAUGAAUAAAGUUAGCAAGUGAAAUAGUCAUACAAAUGAAGAAAGUCAAUUAGGAAAAUCAAUUUUUAUACGAGAUUAUAAGAGAGCAUCUACAAUCAAAAUUGUCUUUUUUCGAAUGAAAAUUCCAUUAAAACUAAUUUUUGAUGUUAUAAUGUGGUAGACUUUAUUCUUUGUUGCUAUAGACUGAUUUAUUAAAAAAAAGAAGUUCUUUAAUGACCUAACGAUAUCCAAAAUAAUGUGUUUUGGUAUUUCAAGUCAUCCCUAAAUUAAAAUAGUUAGUUCAUAGAUUGUAAACGUAUCUUGCAUUUGUAAUGCCUUCAAUGUGGUAAUAAUAUAAUUAGAAAUUUAAGUAAAUAUCGUUGUAUGAUUCUCAAUAAAAGCUAAGGAUAAAAUUAAAUAAGAAAAAAAA